AUGAGCUCCGAUCCAAAAGACAACACCUCCAAGGAGGCCUACAUUGCCUCCCUACCGAGCCACAACGUUGAGCCGCUGUGGACCGUCAUGUCGAGCAUGGUGCCGCCAAAGCCCAACCCGCACGCCGCCGUCCUCAAGUGGGCGUACGACGAGCUCCGCCCGCUGCUGCUCAAGUCGGGCGAGAUGGUCGACACGGAGGAGGCCGAGCGCCGGGUGCUCAUGCUCGUCAACCCCAAGAUGCGCGCCCCCUACACCACCGACACCAUCUACGCCGGUCUGCAGCUGAUCCUGCCGGGGGAGACGGCUCGCGCCCACCGCCACACCGCGAGCGCCCUCCGCUUCAUCAUCGAGGGUGACAGGGGCUUCACGGCCGUCGGGGGGAAGAAGAUCACGAUGCAGAAGGGAGAUGUCAUUCUGACGCCUAGUUGGGAAUGGCACGACCACGGCCACGACGGCGACGGUCCCAUGAUCUGGCUGGACGGUCUAGACCUGCCGCUCUUCCAAGCCUUCCCCACCAACUUUGCCGAGAUGUACUCCGACCCGCGGUACCCGAGCACGCCCGCCGCCGACGAGUGCGACAUCCGGAUCCCCUGGACGACGGCGCGCGCGCAUCUCGACUCCCAGCCGGGCCCCUGGGCCGUCUUCAACUACACGCGCCGGGUCGGCGGCCAGGGCGAGCCCGUCGAGAUCUCACGCACGCUGGGCGCGCAGGCCGAGAGGAUCGACGCCGGGGAGCAGAGCGAGCCCGUGAGGGAGACUUGCUCGUUUGUCUACCACGUCUACGAGGGGUCCGGGACCAGCACCAUCGAGACGCCGAGCGGGGGUGAGCAAAUCACGUGGCGCAAGGGGGAUACUUUUGCCGUGCCGGCUUGGUCCGAGAGGGUUCACAAGGCUGAUCCAGGGCCGACGGCUUACUUGUUCGCCGUCAACGACGCGCCUCUUCUCAAGGCGCUGGGUAUGUACAGAAAGAAGUAA